AUGUCCAGAAAAUCCAAAAACAAAGCGCUAGAAAGUUUGAUUCAUGAUUUUGAUAAAUGUCUCUCGGAACUUUUGGUUUGCAAGGAUAAGCUGAUUGCAGUUGGUUCUGAGAGAUCCUUUAGAAGGAGCAUCGCUAAAACAAAUUUAAUUUUUCAGAGGAACAAGACAAAAUAUUCAGAAAUAUGCAGGGAAAAUGACAGACUCGAGGCAUUAGUAACAAGUGCUGAACUUGAAUUCAAAGAAAAAUUAGUUACUAGAAAUAAUUUGUCGGCAAAAGAAGAAGAACAAAGAAGAAUUACGAAAACCUUUUUUGAGGCUAUUAAUCAGAAAAACUGUCUUAUAAACAACUUAAUAUUGCACAUCGAGGAAUAUGAGAUUGUAUUUUUAUUCAAAUAUCACAGAUUUCAGAUAUUAAGAAAGAAAAGCGCAAUUUUAUCAUCAAUGUUGAACGAUCUAGAGAAAACACAAGAUGACAAGAACUCUGACAUAGAGAAAUUGAAAAGGCUGGUUAACAGCUUAAAGAAUGAGUUGGAUUCAAAUUUAAAUGUUUUGGAACAAAAUAAGGAGGAAAUUAAAUUAUUGGACAAUGAAAUAGCAGAAUUAGAAAGGUCUAACACAAAAAUUUCCAAUGAGCUAUGCGAAAUCGAUUCUAUGAUAGAAUUAAAUAAAAAAGAAUUAAACUCGUUAGAAGAGAGAAUUAAUGAUAAAAACAUCGAAUACGAUCUAAUAAAAAGUGAAAUCUCCUCAAUUGAGUCUAAAAUAAACUCCCAAAUAUUAUCUGUAAAGGAAAGGCAAAUGACCAAUGAGGAGAUUAGGAACAAAAUUAAAUCAGUUAUGGAAAUGAUUAAAACUCUAAAUGAUAGUAUAAAUCACAUUACAAAGGAAAUUACGAUAAACUCGGGUUUUAUCAAUAGGCGUAAUGAAAGAAUUAAGAACUUAUCUAUUAAAAUUGAUUGGUUUAUAUAUAAAUCUGAUGAACUAACUAAUAAGAUAAGGAACUUGAGGUCCUUAUCAAAUGAGUUAAGUGAUCAUAAGUAUAAGCAAGAGGGUCUGGUUGAGGAGUCACACCGUCUUGAUUCAGAGUUUUAUAAAAUGUCUAUCAUUGAAAACAAUCUACUGGUAGUUUUAAUCUUAUUAAUAAACGUGUAUCAGAAUGAGAUAGAUAAAAUCAAGGCCAAGAUAGAGGAUUUGAUGAAUGAGAGAAGUACAAAUAAUGAAAUUUUAGGGGAUAAAAGCAAAAUGUUAGAGAAAAUAACUAAGGAAGAAGAGUUAUUAAAUCAGGAAUUAAGUGAUCUAAAGGGUAAACUUGCUGAAAUAUCAGAGAAGAAAGAAAGUUUUAGGAAUAAUGAGAAGAAAAGAUAUCUAAAAAAGAAGUUUGAAAGAGAAUUAACUAGAGAGUUUGAGAAAGUAUCAAUUGAACUUGAAGAAAAAACGAACAAAAUCCUACAGAGCAUGAAUCAAAAUUCGGAUUCCGAAAUAAAGGUGUUUGAAAACAUGAUGGAACUAAGGCUAAAAAACACCAGGAAUGAUCAUGAGAUCAUAAUAUUAGAAAAAAGGAACGUAAUAGAAAGUCUUGAAAAAGAGUUAAAUUCUCUAGAAACUAUAGAGAAUAAUAAAUGA